UUGAAUGCAUUAAACAUUGGUGCGUCGCGAACGUAACACUGGUCAACGACCAGCACGCGAUAAUAUAAACAAUACUAUUUUAUAAUUGUUGUUGUGUCAAAACAAAACUAUUCGCCAUUUUAUUUUGCGUCACUUGUUUUUUUUUUUGUUUUUAGUGAACGUAGUUUUGUCGUUCGACUUUUGAACUAAUAUAAACUUUUUAAAUUAAAUCUUUUGAACUUAGAUUUUCGCGCGUUUUUUUACACGAACAUUGUUCUUUUUUUUUCAAUUAACUGUUUCAAAAAUCGAAAAUGUUUAUAAACGUGUGAGACAUUUCGUUUUAUUUUCUUUUGUUGUUUUCUUCCGUGAUAAUUAAAAACAUGAAAAUGGCGAAGUCAACAGUUGUGAUUCGUCAAUCAUUACUCCAACGACAAUGUCGUCGCCACAUCGCUGGUUCGUCGUCCAGUCGCACUUCAACAUCUCCUCAGCGACGGAACGCAGCCGCAACAGCAUCAGCCACGGCAACCUGCUUGAAACCAUUCAACGAGAUCCCUGGACCCAUGGCUUUGCCCAUGUUGAGACACUCGGCUCAUAUCCUACCGAAAAUCGGUAAUUUCCACCAUACUGUAGGUUUGGAUGUACUGGAAAACCUUCGUAAGAAAUAUGGAGAUCUAGUGCGACUGUCGAAAGCCACGAGGACUCGUCCCGUACUAUACGUAUUUCACCCUGAGAUGAUGAGAGAGGUGUAUGAGAGCGGUCAAACGGAGCCACCACAUUUCGAUCGCUCGCCACUGUGUCAUCACAGGAAAGGCGUCGGUAGCCUCUGUCCUAUGCACAAUGAUGAAACAAAGGCCGUGUGGAGUGGCCUUCGAUUGCUGCUACAAGAGGAAGCGAUCUUGAAGAACUACGAUGCUGCGUUCGAUGACAUCGCUACUGACGUCACCAGGAGACUUGAGGAACUGCGGUGCAAAGGGAAUGUCCUUAACGAGGAAUUGGAAACGGAGAUAUAUAGAUGGGCCCUCGAGACUGUGGGGAUGAUGUUGUUUGGCAUCAGACUCGGCUGUCUGGACGCUCGCAGGACAAAAUCAGGAGCCGACUUGUCCCCAACAGAAGAACCCGUCGAAGGUUUAUCUCCGGCCGAGAGGCUGGUCCGGUGUAGCCGGCAGAUCUCUGAGGGCGCCUUCUUGGUGCGAAGUGAGGAAACUUUGAAGACCGAGUCCCAAACAUUCAACGAUGCCUUGAAGUCAUUCGACCGACAUCUGAGCUUAACAGAGCACUUCCUAAUCAAAGCGAUCCAUACGAUGACCUCGUGUAUUACGAGACCGGAACAAGUACUACUCGAUAAAUUGAGGCCUCUGGAGAGAAGACUACUUCCCUUGGCGUCGGAUAUGCUACUGGCGGCUGUCGACCCUCUAGCCCAGACCGCCCUAACGAUGUUCUACCAGCUCUCCAUCCACGCGGCCCACCAGCAGCGCGCCCACGACGAGGUGCUGUGGUGCAGCGCGUCCCGGGCGGCCGGCGCUGCGCCCCCCGCGGCCCCCGCGCGCCACUCGGUCCCCGCCGCGUCCCCCGCGCCCCCCGCCCCGCAGUACGUGUCGGCGUGCGCGCGGGAGACGCUCCGCCUGCAGCCCCCCACCGGGGGGGUCGUCAGGCGGAGCGUCGACAGCUUGGUGCUCGAUGGAUUUGAAAUACCUGCCGGGGUAGACAUCGUUUUAGCGCACGGAUUAACGAGCAAGGAAGAAAAACAGUGGGGUAGAGCUAAAGCCUUUGUACCUGAACGAUGGUGUGACGAUGGCUGGCAGCCUCUGAAGGCAUCCAGGGCUCAUCACCUAGCCUCCAUGCCCUUCGGCGAAAAGUGCCCGGGGACAGGCAUCUCUAUAAAGAUGCUCACAUCUCUGGCUGCAAGAAUCACCGAGAGAUAUAGGAUAGAGUGGCAUGGACCGGCUCCCGCACUGACUCUACAUGGAGUCAACAAAAUACAAAGACCUUAUUAUUUUGUGCUACAGAAUGCUUCGUGAUAGUGUCUCUAUGUAGAGUUCCACUGGUAGAGAUUAUAUGUGUGCCCCCUACUUCUUUCACUCUGUAUUGUAAUUUUAAUUAUUAUGUUUAGAUUUUUUAACUUUUGAUUAAUUAGAUAUUAUUUUAAACUACCAAUAUUAUUUAAAAACUUUUUUUGCUAAUAUACGCGAUAAAGUGAUAAAUAUAAAAUAAGAAAUAAAAUAAAAAAAAGCUUUAAAAAAACAACAGAGAACUAAUUGUUAUGGACACCAGGUUGGAUCGGAGUUCCUUUUCAUAUAAUUAUAUUAUUUAUGUUUGUAUUAAGUCAUCAUUAAGUAAAAAAUAUAAGACAUUCACAAGUAUUUUUAUCAAUAGAAAAAAAAGGAGUCUAGCAACAAAACAACGUGUUUAUAAUUAAAAAAAAAGAUUUUAUAACUAAAAUUAAUAAGAAUAAUAAGGUAGAAUUAUAACUAAGAAAAAUAGAACUAAAAUUAAUAAGAUAGAAUUAACGGCAAGCUAAAUUGAUCGUAAAGAGUUUCAAUUUCCUCAGUGACCGGGACGAGCCUCAAAAAUCACUGCAUAAAAAAAUUUCGAUUUUUGAGGUCGUUUUUUCGAUGUACCUCUUUUUUCGUAAAGCAAACAAACCUGAACAAACUACUGGCUAAUUAAUAAAAUUUUCGAAUGAAGCUCUGAAUUAUUACCCAUACUAUUACCAUUACGCCAUAUUAAUGCGCCUUAUGUUUUAACAAGACGACAUUGCAUUUGUAAGUUGCGUAACAAUUUUCAUUAUUUUCCAAUAUAUUUUGUAUUAACACGACUAGAUGAGACAGCCGUCGUGCAGUUGUACAAACAAACGGGACGUUCGAACCUAAUGCCUAUUGUAAUAAAGAUAGGCAAAUAAAAGUUUUAUAAUUACUGA